UGCAUAACGAGAGACGAGAGACAUGGCGUCUACGAGCCGUGGAGACUUUCUGACCCUGCCCAGAGUUACGUGUCCCAACCACCCCGAUGCCAUACUGGUGGAGGACUACAGGGCCGGGGACAUGAUAUGUCCUGAAUGCGGCCUCGUCGUAGGCGACCGUGUAAUUGACGUGGGUUCAGAGUGGAGAACGUUUUCCAAUGAGAAAGCUCUCAAAGACCCGUCCAGAGUGGGAGACGCUCAGAACCCGCUCCUCAACGGAGGAGACCUAACUACCAUGAUCAGCAAGGGAACAGGGGCCGCCAGCUUUGACGAGUUUGGUAACUCCAAGUAUCAGAACCGGCGGACCAUGAGCAGCUCCGACCGGGCCAUGCUCAACGCCUUCAAGGAGAUCAGCACCAUGGCGGAUCGCAUCAACCUGCCAAGGAACAUCGUAGACCGGACAAACAACCUGUUCAAGCAGGUUUAUGAACAGAAGAGCCUGAAGGGCCGAGCCAACGAUGCCAUCGCUUCUGCCUGUCUGUACAUCGCCUGCAGACAAGAGGGAGUACCCAGAACCUUCAAAGAGAUCUGUGCCGUCUCCCGGAUCUCAAAGAAGGAGAUCGGUCGGUGCUUCAAGCUGAUCCUGAAGGCCCUGGAGACCAGUGUGGACCUCAUCACCACGGGAGACUUCAUGUCCCGCUUCUGCUCCAACCUGGGCCUCCCCAAGCAGGUGCAAAUGGCCGCCACGUUCAUCGCCAGGAAAGCCGUGGAGCUGGACCUGGUGCCGGGCCGGAGCCCCAUCUCCGUGGCUGCGGCCGCCAUCUACAUGGCCUCCCAGGCCUCCGCCGAGAAGAAGACCCAGAAAGAAAUCGGAGACAUCGCGGGAGUUGCAGACGUCACAAUCAGGCAGUCGUACAGACUCAUCUACCCACGUGCUGCAGAGCUCUUCCCUCCCGACUUCAAGUUUGACACGCCGGUUGAUAAACUGCCCCAGCUGUGAGCGUUACGCCACCUGUCCAGCGCUGUUUUUUUCUCUGCUGUACUUAGUCAUUUUUUUUGUUUUUUUUUAUAGCUCUUUCUUUAAAAAAAUCAUUAUGGAUUUUUAAAUUUUUCUCCUGUCGUGCCUCGGCAGGUCUCUCUCGUCCAGUGUUGGACAGAUUCCAGUGCUUAAAUAGCAGUACACAGUAUUUCAUUUCACUGUAUAUACUGUACCAUGUACAUAUGUCCCAAGUGGGAAAAUGUCAUUGAUGCUUACAAUUUUAGUUUGGUUUCAUAAUGUAUACAGUUUGUUUUGUAGAAAAAUGACCAGGUUCUAUUUUGUUUUGACAUAGCAGGUAAUUUAAAAGACUUUCACUAAAUGUCUUGGUUUGAAUAACAAACAUUUGUUUAUAAAACCUGAUUUUGUACUGAAGCACGUCAUAUAUAAGUAAAUGACUUUGUUUCAGUGGACGCAAGCGACGUGUGUGUGACAUCAUAGAGCGAGCAGAGAGUAGGUGGAGACCUUCAGAUCCCUACACCCCCACACCAAGCGUCCUCAUAAUGGUUGACAGAUUUGAAACUGAAGCUGAGCUCAGGAUGUUAUUACAACUGCAGGAUAUUCGCCAGCUCACCUGCCAUUUAACCCCAGUUGGGUUCUUGAAUGUGUGUUGGCAAGAAAAAUAAAAGGAAAAUUAUAUUACAAAAGUUUAAUUUGUGGAUUCAUGAUGGGCAAACAGUAGCUGCAAAAAUGUCUCUUUUCACUGGGAUGAAUGUUAACAGUUGUGACUUGGAGUAAUUUGUGUACCAUCCAUACAGUUCGCAGCCAUUUUAACAUGCACAAUAAAAAAAAACUGUACAA